UUUGAUGUCGGGCGUCCCGGGGUGCCCACAGAGUCAAAGCGAAGCUGGCACCCUUUCCUUCUUGUGAGGCGCGGGAGGUAGAAAGCAACGCUGGAAGGUGCGAAUGCUUUUCUGCGGAAAGCGGCAAGUACCAAGCGCAGGGCCAACAGUUUUCGCCAACGAGACGAAGGAGAGCCAGAGCGUGAAGGAAGGGAGGAGAGGCAACGAAUGCAGAAGGGGACAGGGUGGGCUCCGGGAACAUGAAUAAGCCGCGCACUUCGCGGACGGCCCAGCCGGCUGGCGGAUCUAGCCGCUAAUGCAGCGCUGCUGAAGGCGAAGAACACGGCGGUGGCGGGAGAAAGGGCACAGUUUACCUGGAGGUUGGCAAGGAAAUCAUGUGGAGUCUCGAGUUGUUGGCGCGGAUGUUUUCUCUCCUCUCUAUUCUCUUCGGGAGGACGUGGGAACUCCAGCUGCACCCCAAGCAAGAGAAUUUAGUGAAACAUCUGUCAUCAUAUGAAAUAGUGACACCUAUGCGAGUGAAUGAAUUUGGAGAGGUUUUCCCUCACACUAACCACUUCAAAAGGAGGAAAAGGAGUAUGUUAGCUGAGUCAAUUCCUUUCAGGGCCCACUAUCAUUUCAAAGCCUAUGGGCAGGUUUUCCAUCUGAAUCUGAGUUCUGACAACAGCUUCAUUGCUCCUCACUACAUGGAGGUGCACCUGGGAACCACAGAAAGUCACCUCCCUUCUGAUUUGCAUCACUGCUUCUACCAAGGACAUGUUGAUGCCAAGAAAACACACAGAGCAGUCUUCAGCCUCUGUGGUGGCCUGAUGGGCACAUUUAAAUCACAUGAUAGUGAAUAUUUUCUAGAACCCCUGAUGACAGCAGAUGAAGAAGAGCAUGAAGAUGAACAUAACAGGCCGCAUCUUAUAUACAGACAUGAAGAAUUUAAAAAAGAUCCACAUCAGAAUUCUCAUAAACCUUGUGAGAUUUCAGAAAAAAACAUCAAGCAGAACACUUUGCUGUUUCCAGAUGUAACCAGCAUAACCAAUGAUAUAAAUGCUAUGCAAGAAAACACACUUUUAAAGUAUGCUUCUAAAAACCUAUCUGUGGAAAACGAGAGAAGUACUCUACAUUCCCGGAAAAAGCGUUUCCUUUCCUAUCCAAGAUAUGUAGAGGUGAUGGUUACAGCUGAUGCCAGAAUGGUUCAGCACCAUGGACGGAACUUAGAGCAUUAUGUAUUGACACUUAUGUCAAUAGUUGCAGCAAUUUACAAAGACUCAAGUAUAGGAAAUCAAAUAAACAUAAUGAUUGUCAAAUUAAUUGUAAUUCAUAAUGAACAGGAAGGACCAGCUAUCAGUUUUAAUGCAGCUACUACUCUUCGCAAUUUCUGUUUAUGGCAGCAAGGACAAAAUGUUCUGGAUGAUACUCAUCCUUCUCAUCACGAUACUGCAGUUCUUAUCACAAGGGAAGAUAUAUGCAGAGCAAGAGAAAAAUGUGAUACCUUAGGCUUAGCUGAAUUGGGUACAAUGUGUGACCCACUGCGCAGCUGUUCUAUCAGUGAGGAAAAUGGAUUAAGUGCUGCAUUUACAAUAGCACAUGAACUUGGACAUGUUUUUAAUGUACCCCAUGAUGACAGUUUCAAAUGUAAAGAAGUUGGAAUUAAGCAUCAGUACCAUGUGAUGGCUCCAACUUUAAAUUAUCAUUCAAACCCAUGGACUUGGUCAAAAUGCAGUCAGAAAUAUAUUACAGAAUUUCUUGAUACUGGUUAUGGGGAAUGCCUUCUAGAUAAACCUGCUGGAAGAAUCUAUGAUCUUCAGUCACAGUUGCCUGGUUCAUUGUAUGACGUGAACAAGCAGUGUGAGCUUAUGUUUGGACCUGGCUCACAAGUGUGUCCUUAUAUGAAACAGUGCAAACGUUUAUGGUGUACAAGUGCAGAAGGUAUUCACAAGGGCUGCCGCACACAGCAUAUGCCACUGGCUGAUGGAACAGAAUGUGGUCGUGGAAUGCAUUGCCGGCGUGGGAUUUGUAUAAACAAAGAAAUUGAAAGGGCUCCUAUAGAUGGAGAAUGGGGAUCUUGGGGACCAUAUAGUUCAUGUACCAGAACGUGUGGAGGUGGCAUCAAAAGUACAACCAGAUUGUGUAAUCGGCCUGAGCCGAAACGUGGAGGAAAAUAUUGUGUUGGUCGCAGAAUGAAAUUUCGAUCAUGUAGUACUGAGUCAUGUCCAAAAGGGAAACAAAAUUUUCGAGAGCAGCAGUGUUCUGAGUUUGAUGGUAAACAUUUCAACAUCAAUGGACUAACAACUGCUGUUCGCUGGCUUCCAAAACAUAGUGGCAUUUCUAUGAAAGAUCGCUGUAAGUUAUUUUGCCGUGUUUCUGGCACAACAUCCUACUAUCAGCUGAAAGACAGAGUUGUUGAUGGUACUCCCUGUGGAACAGAUACUUAUGAUAUAUGUGUUCAGGGUUUAUGCAGGCAAGCUGGCUGUGAUCGUGUUUUAAACUCUAAGGUCAGAAGAGAUAAGUGCGGAAUUUGUGGUGGUGAUAAUUCAUCAUGUAGGACUCUUUCAGGCACUUUCAACAGUGCUCAUUAUGGCUACAACAUCAUAGUAAAAAUACCCAUAGGAGCAACAAACCUUGUAAUACAGCAGCACAGCUAUUCAGGGAACCCAGAAGAUGACAACUAUCUUGCUUUAUCCAAUACUCAAGGAAAUUUUUUUCUGAAUGGAAAUUUUGUGGUAAGCCUGUCUAAAAAGGAAAUCGCUAUGUUUGGAGUUAAUUUUGAGUACAGUGGUUCAAACAGCACCAUAGAGCAAGUAAACACCACAGGGAAGCUUGAAGAGGACAUUCUCUUGCAGGUUUUGUGUGUUGGGAAUUUGUACAACCCUGAUGUUCGCUAUUCAUUCAGUAUUCCUGUAGAAGAGAAUGAUCUGUUUACAUGGAAUUCAUAUGGGCUUUGGAAAGACUGUAGCAAAAUGUGCCAAGGUUCUCGAAGAAGAAAGAUUACAUGCAUAAGGAAGACUGAUCAUUUGAAAGUGUCUAACCAAAGAUGUGAACACAUUACACUGCCCAAAACAGUUAUAGAGCCAUGUAACAUGGAUUGUGAAUUAAGGUGGCAUAACAUUGGCAAAAGUGAGUGCUCAACUCAGUGCGGUCCAGGGUUUCGGUCUUUAGACGUCCACUGUAUGAAGUACUCUGUUUCAAAGAGACUGAGUGUUCCAGUGGAUGAUAAAUACUGUGCUGAUCAGGAGAAACCACCAGUCCGAGAACCCUGUCAUGGAGACUGUCUUCUAAUAAGCUGGCAUUACUCGGGAUGGUCAGAGUGUUCUAGGAGUUGUGGGCAAGGUACAAGAACCAGAGAAUCUUUCUGUAUGAACAACUUUGGUCAUCGUCUUGCAGAUAGAGAGUGCAAUGAAUUUCCAAAGAUGGUCACUCAGGGGUGCAAUGAGUUUUUGUGUCCCCGCUGGAUUGCUAGUGAUUGGAGUGAGUGUUCUGUGACAUGUGGGAAGGGUACUCAACAUCGACAAGUAUGGUGUCAAGUGAAUGAUGAGCAACUGGAAGAUGUUUUCUGCAAUCAGAACUCUAUACCAGAGUCAAUGAGAUCAUGCAAACUUAAUGAAUGUGCAGCAUGGCAUGUGGGACCAUGGGGAGCUUGCUCUGUGACAUGUGGGCAUGGUUACCAAAUGCGUGCAGUCAAAUGUGUUUCUGGUAUUUAUGGAACUAUUUUGGAUGAUGAGACAGAAUGUAAUGUUGCUACCCGUCCAAGAGACAGCCAUGAAUGUGAAAUAACUACUUGCACAGAAAUAAUCAAACCGUGGCCGACACUGCUUCCUGUAAUCCAGACUGACAAAGAGACUCAGUGGAGAUUUGGAUCAUGGAGUCCAUGUUCUGCAUCUUGUGGAAGAGGAAAUCAUGCUCGUUAUGUAACCUGUCAGGAUGAUCAUGGCAGAGUAGCAGAAGAAUCAUUUUGUGCACAUUUACCCAGACCAGAAGAACUUGCAAGUUGCUUUAAUCUAUGUGGAGUUUGGCAAGCUGGAAGUUGGUCGCCUUGCACAGUUACAUGUGGUAAUGGAAUAGUAACAAGACAAGUUGUCUGUGUCAACCACCAUCAACAAAUUGAUGAGAAUUACUGUGAUCCUGAAGGCCGUCCAGCAAAAGAACAAGAAUGUAACAUGCCAUCCUGCCAGCCAGUUUAUCACCAUGAAUAUCCAGACCAUUUGGUAGAUCAGGAUUAUCCUUCAGCAAACAAAGUCCAUCAUUCUCAAGACAAUACUAGAAACCAUCCUUUUCCUGGCGGAAACCAGUGGAGGACAGGACCCUGGGGAGCAUGCUCGAGUACGUGUGCUGGUGGAUUUCAUCAUCGGGUUGUGGUGUGCCAGGAUGGAGAUGGAAGAAGUGCCAGCUACUGUGAUGAGACAAUAAAACCACCAGAUUUAAAGAACUGUGAUUUGGGUCCCUGUCCAAGAUGGAACUAUGGGAACUGGGGAGAAUGUACUCAAACAUGUGGAGAUGGUGUAAAAACAAGAUUAGUGAUUUGUCAGCUUCCCAGUGGACAAGUGUUGAGUGAUCAAAACUGUGAAAUGCUAGAAAAACCACCUGACACAGCCCAGUGUAACAUACAUUCGUGUCCUGAUGAAGUUUCAUGGCAUCGUGGACCAUGGAAACCGUGCUCUGUGUCCUGCGGGAAGGGUUUAAAGUAUCGUGAUGUGUUCUGUGUUAACAACUUCCAAACUCAACUAGGGGACCAUGCAUGCAGACAUUUAAAGAAGCCACGAACUCACAAAGCUUGCAGAACUACCAGGUGUCCUGUAUGGAAAGUCAGCAAGUGGAAGGAGUGUUCUGUGACUUGCGGGGAAGGUAUUCAGCAACGGGAUGUUUACUGCAGGCUGAGCGGUACUGGUCCAGUUAAUGAACUGAUGUGUGAUCAACUUUCCCAACCUCCUAGAAAGAGGUCCUGUUCAGUCCCUGCUUGUGUAUGGUACCAAUGGUUGACUGAAGAAUGGCAAAAUUGUUCCUCAUCAUGCAAACCAAGGGGAACUUACCGAACAGUGAAGUGUGUGAAUCAAAAUGGGAUCCAAGUGAGUGAAAGUUUCUGCAAUACAACCAUGAAACCUUCAUCUACCAAGAAGUGCAAAAACAUUCCCUGUGAAUACAUUGUUAUUACAGUAGACACAUCACAGUGUCCGACUGGAUGUUAUCGUGACCAUGCACAAAAGAUGACAUUCUGUGUUGAAGUCAGUGAUGCCUGGAAUAAUCAUGGCUACAGCUUGCAACCUGUAGCUUACCAAGACUGUCCACUGUUGCUAUCUCCAUUACCAAAUAAAUGCAAUGUUAGGGGUUGCCUGUAUGCCUCAACGUGGAAGGUUGGAAAAUGGAGUAAGUGCUCAGCACUUUGUGGACUGGGGACACAAGAAAGAAGAAUAGAAUGCAUGACAGAAAAUGCUUCAUCCAGUGACUUAUGUAUACCGCGUUUCAAACCAUCAGCCAGAAGGAUUUGCCGUGCAACAGACUGUGAAACAUUAACCAGCUGCAAAGAAAUCCAGAUGAAUAAAAAGAUUUGGAAGGAUGGUGAAUACCUGCUUAACAUUAACGGAAGAAUGAUAAAGAUCUAUUGUUCAGACAUGCGGCUUCAGAAUCCCAAAGAAUAUUUAACACUGGUGAAGGGGCAAGAAGAUAACUUUUCAGAAGUAUAUGGAUAUCGACUUCAAAAUCCAUUUGAGUGUCCUUUUAAUGGAAGUAGACGGCAAGACUGUACAUGUAGAAAUGACUAUCCUGCAGCUGGCUACACUAUUUUUAGAAAAAUAAGACUUGAUCUCAAUUCUUUGGAAAUUAAAACUACUGAUUUCCGGUUUGCUCAUACAAUACUGGGGAAACCUGUUCCAUUUGCUACAGCUGGAGACUGCUAUAGUGCUGCAAAAUGCCCACAGGGGCAGUUUGGCAUUAAUUUAGCAGGCACUGGACUGAGGCUAUCUACUACUGCAAAAUGGAUUGCUCAGGGAAAUUAUGCUACCAUUCAGAUACAUAAAUCUCAGGAUGAUACUAAAAUAUUUGGAAGAUGUGGAGGAUUUUGUGGAAAAUGUGUUCCUAAUUCAGGCACUGGUCUCCCUCUUCAAGUACAAUAAGAAUGAAGAAAUCAAUGAAGACAAAUCCUCAAAGAUCACAUUGUAGGUGCUGUGAUUUUCUCAGUCCUUUCAUAUCUGUCAUCUUUAUUUAUUCAGAAUUCCUCAGUCUUCAGUGGAGUAAUUCAAAGGAUUCAAACAAUUUCAUUCACAGUUAUUUGAAGCAGGUGCAUAAACCAUAAUGCUAAACCAUCAGGUCUCUGAAGAGGCAUUAACUCACUGUCUUGCCUCUGGCCAGUUCCACCAGGUAGGCAGA